AUGUCGCAUGCACCACAAGAAGAAACACUUGUGAACACAAGCAGGAAGGCUACAAAUUUUCUCUUCCUUACAGAUUACUUGAUUGGAGGAGCUUCUCGAGCCAUCGGAAGAACAUUAACAGCACCAAUUGAUCGAUUCAUGAUUCUCCUUCAUCACCCAGAAAAACCCAAGUUUCCGCAAGCUUGUUUCUUGUUUUGGAGAGGAAAUUUACUCAACAUGAUCAAAUCAUUCUUUCCAAAUACUGUGGUUUUUAAUUUUGCCAUCAAGGAUUUGAUAAAGAGGCAGAAUUAUUUACCAUUUCAAGCAGUUGAUCAGAGAGGAUAUGGAUUUGUGGUGAAUCAGUUUGUGAGUGGUGGUUUGGCAGGUGCUUGUUGUGAAUUUGUGAGAUUCCCUUUUGAUAAUAUUAUGAAAUUUAGGGUGGGUCAAUUGGGUAGUGGAAUGGAAAAGUAUUUCGGAUUGUUUAAAGGGGCUGGUAUUUCAGUAAUGAGCGCAAUGGUUUAUCGUUCGUUAUAUUUUGGAUUAAAUGAUUCAUUGAGAGAAGUGAAUACUUACAGGAACGAUUUGGGAGUGAAAGGAGUCAUAUCUAAAUAUGGGAUAGCUCAAUUAGCAUCAGCAAGUGCUUGGAUUAUGAACAGUCCAAUUAGCACCAUACAUAGAAGAAUGAUCAUGCAACAACAAUAUUCCCCCAAUCAAUGGCAUUAUAAUUCCUCAAUAGAUUGUUUCAAAAAAAUACUACGAAACGAAGGAAUUUCCUCCUUCUUUAGAGGCUUGAGAUUUUCGAACACUAUUGGGCCUGCAGUUAUUUUGACUCUCUAUGAUCAAGCCCAUUGUUACUUAUUUGAACAGGAGAAGUAGUCCAUGUUAUUGUCUAGUAAAGGUUGUCUUCCUGAUUAUACCAAAAAAGUCCACAAUAAGGUGAAAUGUAUUGAGGAGUUAAGGUACAGUUCGAAGAGUUUGUUCAACUUGAAGGAUUAGUAAACAAUUCUAGGAUUUGCCAUGUUGAGUAAGUGU